AUAAAUAGUGCUGUGUAUGUCUAUUUGGAGAGCGAGCUCUUUAGACCAGCGAAAGGUAUUGCACGUUUAAUUCUCAAUUACCGAGGACACUUACAAAAUUCAACCCUGUUUUUACAGUCUCCUCUAAGCGGAGACUUUUUAAAGAUUUCAUCUAAAACUGAGAAUUUCAGUUUGGACUGCUCACCCCCUCCUGACCUUUAAAUCCAGUUCCAAUUAUUUCCCCUUAAUAACCCCAAUAGAUUCAACCAUGCACUUGGUCUUUUCUAAUCUGCUGUUGCUGGCACCUUUCUCUGUGCGGUUAAAGAUUCAUUCUGUAGACAAUUUACAUGCUCAGAAAGGCCUUCAACAUCAUGUUUUGUGUUUGCCUGUCAAGUAAAUUAAGAUGCCACUCAAUGACGGGCGACCUUCCACAAGCGAUGACCAAAAUAGUGACACUGAAUCCUCAGAGCGAUGUGACAGCAUGACUUCAUCCAGUGACACUGAAUGUUCCCGACAGAGCUUUACCAGUGAAUCCUCCAGCAAGCACAGCUCCCCAGCAUCAAGCCCUCCUAAAUUGGUUACAUUUGAUGACCUUAUGACCUCUGCAAGAGACCUUUCUAACCUGAGUUUGGCACAUGAAAUAGUUGUGAAUGGAAACUUCCAAGUAGAACACCCUGAACUGCCUGAGAAUAGUUUGGAGAGGAAAGUGAAAGAAAUUGUUCACAAGGCGUUUUGGGAUCGCUUGGAGGCAGAACUCAAUGAAGACCCUCCUGUGUAUGAAUAUGCCAUCAGGCUAGUAGAAGAAAUCAAAGAGAUUCUGCUCUCAUUCCUCAAUCCUGGUGCAAAUCGACUUCGGAACCAGAUUUGCGAAGUUCUAGACAUGGCUCUCAUACAGCAGCAAGUUGAUAACGAUGCUGUGGACAUCCAUGGACUAGAAAGCUACAUUAUUACAGUAAUGGGAAAGCUGUGUGCCCCGGCACGGGAUGAUGAUGUCAAGAAGUUAAAAGAAAUUUCUGACGUUGUCCCAUUGUUUCGGGAGAUUUUUCGUGUGCUGGAUGUAAUGAAAAUGGAUAUGGUCAAUUUUACAAUUAAUAACAUUCGACCCCAGCUGCAGAUGCAGUCCAUUGAGUAUGAAAGAACCAAGUUCCAAGCUAUUUUGGACAAAACUCCCAGUGCACUGGACCACACAACUGAGUGGAUGAAGGAAUCCCUUGAUGAAUUAAUGGCUGUAAAACCGUGCACUAGCCUGUCCUCCUCUGGUGCUGAAAACCAUACCAGUAGCAUCCCCAGCCCAAUGUCAGUGUUGAAUAAGUUUUACAUCAAACUUUUGGACUGGGACUGCCAGAAGAAAAUGUUGCCUGAGACUCUGAUGACAGAUGAGACCCGCCUCCUUGAGCUGCAGAAAAGCCUGGAAUUGUAUAAGGCAGUAGCAGCUGUGUUGUUGAUAGUCUACAAUGCAAUAGGAGGACCCAUCUCGGGCUUGCCAAUUUUGGCUGACCAGCUAAAAAAGAUCGCUAGUGUUCUUCUUGAAGGGAUUCACAGCAAAUCAUUUAACAUGACUGAGGCACUUGAAAAUGUAAGUGCUCAAAUUUGCACUGCGCUGAAUAAGUCUCUGACUGAGCGAGGGUAUCCUGCACUCCCGCCUCACGUCCAGGUUGCACUGACAGGGCAGAUCUGCACCAUUGUGCAUAAGGACAACUCUAUCUGUAAUCUCAUUGGUGAGAGAGUCCACUUGUACAUGAAACUUAGCAUUGUUCCAAAUUCAACUACCCAGCCACCUACUGUUCUUGGAGGGCUUGCACUCAUUCAGCCUGAGCUGGAGGUAAUCAGGGCCCAGUUUAAGCGCAUCGUCAACUUCAAUAAACAAGUGUACUGUCCCUUUUAUGGAAGGAUCCUGCGAAAAUUGCUAUUAAGUGAAGCACCACAGGAAACUGCAGAAGCUGGAACGCCUAGUGUAACUGCUGAAUGAGAAGUUAAUGGGACCAUGCUUAGUAUUAUGCUUAUUAAACUUUGUGCCACUUCCUUGCAUGAAAUUGUGCCGUAGGAUUUUAUUUAACAGAGAACCAGUUACGCCUGAGAGACAACUUCUUUAAUUUUUUUUUUUAGCCAUGGAUGUCAUAUAUAAAUAUGUUAUAUACAAAAUUAGCCUUUUCAUGUGGUGCUGAAAGUUUUAUAUGGUUUUCUUAGUGGUAUCAGUAAAUAAAAGUGGGUAAACACCCCUUUUUGGUGGAAUUGAACAGAUGGAUUCAACAGAAAUAGAUUGAACAUGAAGAGAUACACUGUUAUUUGCCCUCGGCCAACCAGAGCCUACCCCAAUACAGUCCUUUCCCUCUCAGGUACUGUUCAGACCCGACAGUGCGCUUCAAGUGAACAGUUCCAUGAGGGUCCUUUCGUGAGCUAGGAUGAAGGCUACUAGCAGUUCAGUGUGCCUAACAGAACAUAAACAACCAAGCACAGAACACACACGACACACGCAGUCUAGUGGCCACGCCCACCUGCUCACUGACUGAGAGUCGGUCUUGCGCGCAGCAACACAACACAGAUGCUCACUGUUAAAAUAUCUUGUCUUUAAUCUAGUAUUUGCACGUCACAGGAGAGUAGAAAUGAGUAAACUGUAUCCCUUAUCUGAGAAGUGGAUAAAUGCUAUAUUGCUCAAAUUAAAAGUGGGUUAACACAGUUUGCCUGUGUAUACUCUUGACUCCACCACUGGGUUUUCUUAAUUAUAUAUAGAGAAAGAUUUAUAUAAACAUAGUCUUGAUAAAUGUGUGAAUAACAGACUACUUUUUGGAAUCACAUUUUAGAUGUUUGCUUAAUGUAAAAUAUGAAUGUAUUUAGCUGUUUAUUCUAUAAUCUGCUUUUUUUAUGUACACAACAGUUGACGUGGAUUGGUUGGGAUUAUUAAUUAUUGCAUCUUUCUAUUUUUAGUCCCAGUUUUUUACAUCUAUUUGACUAAAUUUCUUUCAUGCAUUGUGCAUAAAGGCUUUUUUUUUUAUAUAUAUGGCUGUUACUAUUAUUCGUUUAAAAGAAAGAGAAACUAUAUAUUGUGUACAAUAUAAAUAAACUCCCUCUUCUAGAAUUGAUUACUGGUGGGUUCGUUUCAUAACAUCUAUUCACAGACUUGCACUUUUAGUGAAAUAAACAAAAUAUAUUAUACUUUUUGUUAAAACGCAUGCCAGCUAAAAUGCAAUAACAUUGCUAAAUGUGACAACUCACUACAGUCUCCUUGCUGUACAGGUAAGAGUUGCUUUAAAAUAUGAUGUUUUUUGACCUGUUUUAAAUGCAUGUAUUGUGAUAGUCUGAAUCAGUACAGAUGUGUUUGUAAUGAACUUGCUUAAUUUCCUUUAGAAUGAUUUAAUAAAAAAUGAAAAAAUA